AUGCACGGUGCCAACGGCCUGUUUCUGCGGCCGCUCGUCGUGCGGUUCACGGACUCACACGUGGAAGAUGCACAUGUAGAUCUGAUAUACGAGCGCGUCUCCCAAGAUGGCGUACGGCGCUGGCCGAAACUGGCUGAGGAAACGGUCGGCGAGCUCAAGGCGCGGCUCGGCACGGAGAACCCCUGCAUGCACGACAAGCGCUUGCGCCUCAUUUAUUUUGGCAGGGUGCUCCCGAAUGGCGUGAGAUUUGCGGCAUGGCUCGAUGCACUGCCACAGACCCGCGCAAUGGACCAGGGACAGACUGCACUGGAGCAUGUGUGCGUGCAAAAGGAGCUGCAGGCAGAGAGCAUGUAUGUGCUGCAUUGUGUGCUCAACAGGGCUCAGCCACUCAGCGAGGGCGCGCGCGGAAAGCAGCGCGAGACAUCCAAUACGCCUGAUGCACUCAAUGCCAUGGGCGAGGGCACAUUGAUGCUUGCUGUGGAACGGCUUCCGCCAGCGUACCUCCAAUGCUCCAUCAGCACGCUGCGCCCGGGCGAUACAGAGCGCGACCAUGCUCAAGUUCCGCACACGUCUGAGGAGCCGCGUGGAUUUGACCGAUUACAGUAUACUGCAGGGAUCUCGCCUCUGGAUGUGCAGAUGAUGCGUGAGCAUUUCCACCGCCAGUCGGGGAUCCAAAUGGCGCGGAGCGGCGAUGUUCUGCGUCGCGACGAAGAGGACGAUCUCGCGUACAGACUUGAGGAGCAAUGGAUAGAUAGCAUGGGCAAUGCGCCAGAGACGAUCUUACCGGCGCACACACCGACCAUAUCCACCUCCAUUCUCCGUGGGCUGCUCACUGGCUUUUUUUUCCCUUUCCUCCCAUUUUUCGUACGCGAUCCAAACCCAGUCGUCUGGCCACGCAUAACACCCCUGCAACAGCAGCGCGAGCAGCUACAGGAGCUUGAGACAGGCGUACAGCUCGUUGCGCAGCGGCUCGGCGCCGAGCCCGAGCAGGAAGAUGGGUCCGAGGAGCAGAAUGCCGGACGCGCCGCUCGCCAGGAAAUGCUCCAAUCGUUCCAGUCGCUCCUGGGCGUUUUAUCGGAGCGCAGCUCGCAGCUCGCAGCUUCAGAGCAGGGCGCAGAGAUUGAAGAGGAUGAGUUCGACGAGCCAAUGCCGUCUGCGACGCGCAUGCCGCAUUGGGCGCCGCAGGAAGAUUAUGCACGCUAUAUCCUUUUUUCGCCGACUACACACUUUGCCAUCAUGGGUGGCUUGCUCCUCAACCUAUUGCUAGGCGCCGUGCAGGUCAUAUGGUAA